AUGAAGCUGUCGUGCGGAGCCAUCCUCGCGCUGUCGGCCGGGGCCGGAGCCGCCGGAGUGGCGGCCGGCAAAUCGUGCACGCCCAAGGCAGGCGGCUCGCCCAAGGUGGACGACGUGCCGGCGAUCCACGCCGCCAUCAAGGCCUGCUCCUCGGGCACCGUCGUCAUCCCCAAGGGCACCACGUACCACGUCAACUCGCAGCUCUCGCUUGCCGGCUGCCGUGGGUGCACGCUCCAGCUGGACGGGACGCUGCAGGUCUCGGCCGACGUGGGCUACUGGAACAACAAGGGCCGCAUCAUCUACAUCUCCGGCGUCAACGGCGCCACCAUCACGGGGUCCGGCACCAUCGACGGCAACGGCCAGGCGAGCUGGGACUACUACGCCAAGAACCGCGGGAUCAACCUCCCCUUCCUCGUGCAGGUGGACGGCAGCGCCAACGUGGUCGUCAGCGGCAUCACGCUGCGCAACGCGCCCAUGUUCCACGUCGUGACGAGCGGCAACUCGCACCACAUUCGCUACUCGCACCUGACGCUCCACUCGGUCAGCAAGUCCAAGGCCGAGGCGAUGAACACGGACGCCUUCGACAUUGGCGCCUCGUCGUGGGUCACGGUCGAGCACAGCACCGUCACCAACUCGGACGACUGCGUCGUGCUCAAGCCCGGCUCGGACCACAUCACCGUGCAGGGCAUGACGUGCACCGGCUCCCACGGCCUCUCGGUCGGCAGCCUGGCCGACGGGCCCGGCGUCAACGAGCUCGUGUCCAACAGCAUCUUCCGCGACUCCCUCAUGAUCGACUCGCUCAAGGCCGCCGGCAUCAAGUACUGGCCGGGCGGCCCCCAUCACGGCACCGGCCUCGUCUCCAACGUCACCUGGCAGAACAUCCAGGUCCAGAACUGCAACUACGCCUUCCAGGUGGCCACGUGCUACAACUCCCGGCCGGCCGCCUGCGACAAGCACCCGUCCACCGGCCGCAUCGAGGGCGUCACCGUCGCCGACUUUACCGGCUUCACGUCGCGCGGCUACGGCACCUCGGCUGUCGCCAAUAUCGACUGCUCGCGCCGGGGCUCCUGCGGCAUUAAGAUGCGCAACUUUGGCGUCACGUCCCCCGACAAGAAGAACCAGGUGCUGUGCGCCAACACGCCGGCCAGUCUGGGGGUUGGCUGCACCGCUGGCGCGUGGGGUUAG